AUGAAAGUUCUUGCCUUACUGUUGUUGAUCAGCCAAUACAUAGAUGGAAACGCUACUCACAGAAGUCUCGGGUCCGCUGGCGACUCCAAUGCCACAACGAGAACGGAAAGCAUAGCACCAAACCUAAGUCAAGCAGAGAUUUCUGGGAUAGAAAAGAAGAACGGCGGAGAGGCGGGCAUCAAAUUGAACGAUGAGGAAAGAGCGGAAAUCCGAAAACGUGGUGUCCAUACGUCUAACUUGGGAAAUGGAAGGAUUUCUAAACGAACGAGCAGCCGCGACAGAAAUCAGCGGCAUACACCUGAUCGAGAUGGUCGCGUACGCGCUAAAGCAGUAGAAAAAAUCGUAGAGCGAAGCGACGAUGAAGAUGAAACGAUGAAACAAGAUGACGGAGAUUUCUACGAGAGUUUAGCUAGGCAUCUAGAGCAAGCGCGAAAGUUGCUCAAAAAGAAGAAGAAAGUUAGUGACAAGGAGAAAGAUGACUAUGAUUUGGAAUUAAUUGAAGGCGAUAGCGGUGCAAUAACAGGAAGAGACGAUGUAGGAGAUGCAGGUUUUACUAGUAUCCUUCUCCAUACAAAACUGGCAGCUCUCUUUUUUCAGUUGCAUAUCGACCUCAGCAAUAUGGACGAAAAGACAAAAGCUCUUCUAAAGAGGAUGCUACAGGCAAUUCUCGAUAGUGAUAAGGGGAAGAAAGCAUCUGGAGUGAAUGUGAUAGAUGACGAUGUACUAAAGCGAACAAUCUGUUCUAGUUCUCACAAGCGCUUUGUUUUGAAACAGGAGAGUAUUGGUUGUACCGGAGCAUUAGGUUGGUCUGGUAACAUUUAA